GAAAUGUGAAUACGAAAUUGCGAAUAGUCUAUAAACACAAAAACAAGAAGCAAACAGCAAAUCAACAUUCUAUCAAUCCUUCAUACCCACCACCCCGAUCGACUAAUCAAAUAUCCAUCCAUCCAUCUUUCAUAAUGUCCGGCCAAUUCGACGAAUCAUACUUCACAACACCCACCGCCGGCGACCAACCCGUUUCAGAUCCAUUCGGAUUCACUGAUCCGGAUCCUAACUUCUCUUCUAUUCCCAACGGUAAUGGUAAUCACGUCGAACAAGAUGUUGAUGGGCUUUUCACAUCGGAUGGACCUCUCCUUCCUCCUCCUAAUGAAAUGCAGCGUGACGAGGGUUUCCCUCUUCGCGAAUGGCGCCGAAUAAAUGCAAUUCGCUUGGAAGAAAAGGAAAACCAGGAGAAGGAAUUAAGAAAUCAGAUUAUCGAAGAAAGUGAAGUUUACAAACGAGCUUUCCAUGAGAAAAGACUCCAGAAUGUUGAAACAAAUAAGCUCACUAAUAGAGAAGGAGAAAAGAUGUACGUAGCGAAGCAAGAAAAGUUCCACAAAGAAGCAGAUAAACAGUACUGGAAAGCAAUAGCAGAGCUGGUUCCUCGUGAAGUCGCCAACAUUGAGAAGCGAGGCAAGAAGGAUAAGGACAAGAAACCAUCUAUUGAAGUCAUUCAGGGACCCAAGCCCGGAAAACCAACUGAUCUCUCUAGGUUGCGACAGAUUCUGGUGAAGCUGAAGCAAACACCUCCAGUGCACAUGGUUCCUCCACCACCUCCUGCCAAGGAUGCGACGAAAGAUGAUAAGAAAGUUUCUAAAGAUGGAAAGGAUGCGACAACACCAAUACCUGAUGCAGCUGUAUCUGCUAAAGAUGAUGCCGCCAGUGGAACUGUUGAAGUUUCCGCUGCGCCAGUUGACCAACCUGCCAUGGUGGCUGAAGCAGUUGCAGUUGCGGCCACCUAAUGUCUUAUUGUUAUAAGAUCCCGGGUUUUUGGUGGUGUGAAUGAUUGUAUAAUUUUCUUGUGAUGCUUGGUGAGUUUACAUAAAUGGUAUUAGCUGUGCUGGCGGGACAUUUUUCAUUGUGUUGUCUAAGAGUUGUUUUCAUUAUUAUGGUUUAAAAAGCUGAUUCAAUUAUUGUUUCUGUGUAUGACAAAUUUGCUUCAAAUAUAGAAAGGAAUUCUUUUCGCAUUUUAGUUCAA